AAUAAUUGCGUAAUGGAACAACCAGGUGAAAAACCAUUUCAGUGCCAACUCUGUGAGAAGAGUUUCGGAUCUACUUAUGUUCUAAAGCGACACGUGCGAACACAUACUGGUGAAAGACCAUACAGUUGUAAAAUAUGCAAAGAGAGCUUUAAUCAGUCGAAUAUUUUAAAAUUUCAUAUGAUGACGCACGCAGAUGAAAAAACGUUCCACUGCAAAGUGUGUGAAAAGAGUUUCAGUAGACGCUCCGGUUUAAUACAACAUAUGACAGUACACACUGAUGAAAAGCCACACAGUUGCAAAGUUUGCAAGAAAAGUUUCCGACUGUCAAGUAGUUUGAACAAGCACCUUGUAACCCAUACAGAGGAAAAACCAUACAGUUGCACAGAAUGUGAAAAGAGCUUCAGUUGGGUGAAUAGUUUGUCAAGUCACAUGAAGACGCACACAGGCGACAAACCAUUGCAAUGUGAGAAAAGUUUUGUGGGGCUUGAUGGUCUGAAACACCACAUAAGGACACACACGGGUGAAAAAACAUUUCAGUGCCAACUCUGUGAGAAGAGUUUCGGAACUACUUAUGUUCUAAAGCGACACGUGCGAACACAUACUGGUGAAAGACCAUACAGUUGUAAAAUAUGCAAAGAGAGCUUUAACCAGUCGAAUAUUUUAAAAUUUCAUAUGAUGACGCACGCAGAUGAAAAAGCGUGUCACUGCAAAGUGUGUGAAAAGAGUUUCAGUAGACGCUCCAGUUUAAUACUACAUACAAGAGUACACACUAAUAAAAAGCACAGUUGCAAAGUUUGCAAGAAAAGUUUCCGACAGUCAAGUACUUUGAACAAGCACCUUGUAACCCAUACAGGGGAAAAACCAUACAGUUGCACAAAAUGUGAAAAGAGCUUCAGUUGGUUGUAUAGUUUGUCAAGUCACAUGAAGACGCACACAGGCGACAAACCAUUGCAAUGUAUGCAAUGUGAGAAAGGUUUUGUGAGACUUGAUGAUCUGAAACACCACAUAAGAACACACACGGGUGAAAAAACAACAUUUUGUUGCAAAGUAUGCGACAAAGGUUUUAGUCGGGCAUUUAAUCUGAAAUCUCACAUGGUGACGCAUGAAGAGAGAAAAUUUCAUUGCCAAGUAUGUGAUAAAAAGUUUGCAUAUUCACUGUCAUUUCAAAGCCAUAUGAAGAGGCACACUGGUGAGCUACCAUUUCAAUGCAAAGAAUGUGAACAAAGCUUUACUCUGUCGAAGACUCAGAAACAUUACCCUAUGUCGACACCUCGUGCAGAAAAAACAUCUUCUCGUGAACUGUAUGAGAAUAGUUUGAAAAGAUUAACUGGUGAGAAAAUCUAUCAUUGUGAGCGAUGUGGUACCAGUUUCAGCCAUUCAUGUCAACUUAAUCGACACAUGUUAUCGAACUCACAUUGUGAGAUGAGUUGUACUUCUACUGCUAACAGAAUGACGACAAAAGAAAAUUCUAGAAAAAUUAUGUUUUCUACAAUAUGCCAUCCGCAUAUUUUGUUAGAAUGUUUAGAAGCGGAGAGCGAUGGUGAAGAAAUGUUCAGGAUUAAUUUGUUGCUUUAG